AUGAAGUACAUAUUAUUAAUUAUUGCCAUUGUUGCAUGUGUCAACUUUUCUGAUGCCCAGAAUUGUCAGAAGCUCUUCUGUCAACAAGGUGCUCUCAGUCCAUGUAACUCUGAUAUCUACAAUGGAGGAGGCGGUGCUCCUAAGAAAGUAGAAACUGCUUCAACUUUGAUUUGCCCAUCACAAUACUAUUGUGGAAACAAUCCUUUCCAGAAUGCAUCCAACCCAGACUCACCAUUAAAGGUGUGUCUUCCAUUGGCCAACGUUGGACAAAGAUGUAUCCAAAGCUCAAUCUCAUGUAUUCCAGGUCUGACCUGCUAUCCCGCCGCCGCUCCAGAGUCCAGAGAAGAGGUCAGAGUGAUUGAGGAAGAAGUUACACUCCCAUCCGCCUCAAUCUACACCUGCCAGAUCACUCAUUCUGCUACCGUUGGUGAGAAGUGCUCUGUCAACACUGAUUGUGUGAGCUACCCAACAGGCUUGCUCUGUGAUCCAGAGAAGAAGGUUUGUGUUCCAUUGAUCAACAGCAAGAAGCCAACUGAUUGCACUUCACAAGUCCACUGCAAGCCAAACGAGUACUGCAACCAGACCACCAACUGUCUGCCACGUCUCGCCAUUGGUGCCGACUGCACUGAGCUGCCAUCAUCCUGCGCUAUCAACUCGGUGUGUGCUGCCAACUUGAACAACGCCAACUCAUCCUGCGUGGCCCUGUUCUCCAGAUCGAACGGCCAGCCAUGCACCACCAUCGACGCAACCUUUGGCGCCAUCGUGGACUCGUGUGACAUCAGCCAGAACACCUAUUGCAGCUACUCGGCCAUCAACACCUCGUACAUCUGCCAGCAGCCACCCGCCCCCGUCACAACAUCCAACUGCUCGCAGGAUGCCUGCUCGUCGUCGGAGGUCUGCACGUGCACUGCCGACAACUCGGGUGGCGUGUGCAUCAGCCAGCUGCCAACGGACGCAUCGUCCUGCAAGACCAAGGCAUCGGCAUACUUUGAUUGUCUGGCUCAGUACAACUGUUUCUCUGAGAACGCCUACAUUCCAAGAUCAUGUGGUUUCGUCAACUGCAAGGCCAAGCUCUGUGACUACAUGGGAGCAUGUCACUCCAAGGAUCCAAGCAGCUCCUGUUUCACUGGCACUGAUAACUUUGCCACAAUAGGCUUCUGUGGCAGCAUGGUGCCAGGUUCAUCCUCCAUCACCAUGCCAUCAAUGAUCCUCAUGAUCGUCACACUAAUCAUUGGUACCAUUCUAUUCUAA